AUGGCGGACCUCGAAGCGGUGCUCGCCGAUGUCAGUUACUUGAUGGCGAUGGAGAAGAGCAAAUCUACUCCAGCGGCCCGGGCGAGCAAGAAAAUCAUCCUGCCUGAGCCUAGCAUUCGCAGUGUGAUGCAGAAGUACCUGGAGGAGAGAGAUGAACUGACAUUUGACAAAAUUUUCAAUCAGAAAAUUGGCUUCCUGCUCUUCAAGGACUUCUGUAUGAAUGAAAUAGAUGAGGCUGUGCCUCAGCUCAAGUUCUACGAAGAAAUUAAGGACUAUGAGAAGCUGGACUCUGAGGAGGAGCGGUUGAGCCGCAGCCGACAGAUUUACGAUGUGUACAUCAUGAAGGAGCUCCUGUCCUGUUCACACCCAUUCUCUAAGAAAGCAGUGGACCAUGUGCAGAGUCACUUGGCGAAGAAACAGGUCCCCCCAAACCUUUUUCAGCCAUACAUCGUGGAGAUCUGUGACAGCUUGAGAGGAAACAUCUUCCAGAAGUUCAUUGAGAGUGAUAAAUUCACUCGUUUUUGCCAGUGGAAGAAUGUGGAGCUCAACAUCCAUCUGACCAUGAAUGACUUCAGCGUGCAUCGGAUAAUCGGCAGGGGCGGCUUUGGAGAGGUGUACGGCUGCAGGAAGGCAGACACGGGAAAAAUGUAUGCCAUGAAGUGUUUGGACAAGAAAAGGAUCAAAAUGAAGCAGGGGGAGACUCUCGCACUCAACGAGAGAAUCAUGCUGUCAUUAGUGAGCACAGGGGACUGCCCGUUCAUUGUGUGUAUGACGUAUGCCUUCCACACGCCUGACAAGCUGUGCUUUAUCCUGGACCUCAUGAACGGGGGUGAUCUGCACUACCACCUGUCUCAGCACGGCGUAUUCAGCGAGAAAGAGAUGCGUUUUUAUGCAGCUGAAAUCAUCCUGGGUCUGGAGCACAUGCAUAACCGCUUUGUCGUCUACAGAGACCUCAAGCCAGCUAAUAUCCUGUUGGAUGAACAUGGUCAUGUUCGUAUCUCUGACCUCGGCUUGGCCUGCGACUUUUCCAAGAAGAAGCCCCACGCCAGCGUUGGCACUCAUGGCUACAUGGCUCCAGAGGUUCUUCAGAAGGGGACGGCAUACGACAGCAGUGCCGACUGGUUCUCCUUAGGCUGCAUGCUCUUCAAACUCCUCCGAGGGCACAGUCCCUUCAGACAGCACAAGACCAAAGACAAACAUGAGAUCGACCGCAUGACGCUCACCAUGAAUGUGGAGCUGCCAGACUCUUUCACUGCAGAGCUCAAAGAUCUUCUGGAGGGGCUGCUGCAGAGAGAUGUAUCCAAGAGGCUCGGCUGCCAGGGCCGUGGAGCCUCUGAGGUGAAGGAGCAUCAGUUUUUCAAAGGCAUUGACUGGCAGCAAGUUUACCUCCAGAAGUACUCUCCUCCUUUAAUCCCUCCAAGGGGAGAGGUGAACGCUGCAGAUGCUUUUGACAUUGGGUCUUUUGAUGAAGAGGACACCAAGGGCAUCAAGCUGCUGGACAGUGACCAGGAGCUCUACAAGAACUUUCCUCUGGUCAUCUCAGAGCGCUGGCAGCAGGAGGUGGCAGAGACAGUCUACGAAGCUGUCAACUUGGACACCGAUAAGAAUGAGGCCCGCAAGAGGGCUAAGAACAAGCAGCUGGGCCACGAGGAGGACUAUGCCUUGGGGAAGGACUGCAUUAUGCAUGGCUACAUGCUGAAGCUCGGGAACCCGUUCCUCACUCAGUGGCAGCGCCGAUACUUCUAUCUGUUCCCCAACCGUGUGGAGUGGAGGGGAGAGGGCGACACUCGGCAAAACCUGCUGACGAUGGAGCAGAUCGUAACCGUGGAAGAAACGCAGAUUAAAGACAAGAAGUGUAUCCUGCUGCGCAUCAAAGGAGGGAAACAGUUUGUGCUGCAGUGUGAAAGUGACCCAGAGUUUGUGCAGUGGAAGAAAGAGCUGACUGAGGCGUUCACAGAGGCCCAGAAACUUCUGCGUCGCGCUCCUAAAGUCAUCGGGAAAGGCCGUGCUGGAGUAGUGGAGCUUUCCAAGCCCCCCCUCACACACCGCAAUAGCAAUGGCCUGUGAAUACACAAGAGCACGCAUAUACAUAAAAACACAUGCACUCACAUUAACAGACAGACAGACAGACAGACACACACACACACACACACACUGCAUCCCACCUCCCACCCCCUCAUCAGCUGCAAGACACCUGCCCACAUCACCUCAGUGUGUGUGUGUGUGUGUGUGCGUGCGUGCGUGCGCACGGUGCUGAUGGCGCACACACAAUGACGACCAAUCGAGAGCGAUAUAGUGAUUUUUUUUUUUUUUUUUUUUUUUUUUUUUUUUUUUUUUUUUAAAUGUGUGUGUGUUCUGGGACCCUGCCAGUCAGUAAGAGGAAGAAAGGAUUUUGAACCAUUGGACAUUUGAAGAAUCCCCGCAUGAACUUUACAAGGACUAACGGCUGCUCCUCUCUCUGUUUGCCCCUCCUCAACCACCUCCCACACCACACACCUCGCUGUUGAAAUCACAUUAAUCAGGAAGUGUCCUCUCACUCUGUGUGCUCUCAGCAGCCUGAUGGACUCCUCCACAGAGCUGAUGCUCAGGUCCAGAAGAGACCAGGCUACCACAGAAUGUAGAAAACAAAGGCUGGUUGUCCUCAUCCAUCCCUCUGAAACAUUCCUCCCACUGUUACUGAAGUGCAAAAAGUGCCAACAUUAAUAUUUUACUUGAGUCACCUGAGCGCCCAGGAGGAUCCGCUCUGCUGGCAGAUGGCGCACCAUCCCAACCUUCCGGACCCUCACAGUGUAUGUGUGGAAGGCUGUCGAUCAUUCCAGCGCAGGUACAGGAAGCUUCACAUUGGCUCUAGUCGCCACAGAGACUGAGAUUCCAUUGGCUGACAAACAGCAGCUGGUUGCUAUGGCAGCCAUGAAGAUUGGUGCACAUGUAUUGGUAACCAUGGACAACACUGUAACUAUAGAGGAGCAGGAGGGAGGCAAAGACUAUAAAGACAAUAUAAGCUCCCUUUUGUCUGCGCAUCGCUGUUUUACUUCAGUUUGUUAGCUUUAUCGCAACUCCUCUGUCUGCCUUUACAAGAUUUUGUUGGUGCGGGGUCUUUCGGAGGUGGCAAGAGGAGGUGCUGGGGGCUCACUCACAGAGCUGCAUUACCUCAGUUGGACUGUGUCAGUAUGAGUAGAUCAGAAUGUAAGAACCUGUUCCCAGGCAAAGCACAAGAAUCAGCAGUCUGUUCCCGCUCACACAUUGUCCAUGCAGGGCAACAGCUUGGAGCAGUCAGCUGUUGUGGGCAGACUGUGUGCAGGGAGGAGGAUGAAGACAAUAAGCUGAAGCUGAUUAAAGGAAAAAUCCACCCUCAAAUACCCCAGUUAGAUGCAUAGAUCUUCUACAUGAGCUUUCAUGUUCAUGCUAUUUCAGGCUUUUUUUCUUUUUCUUUUUUUGGUUUUUAAGUGGUUGAAAUGUUCACAUUUUAUCCCGUUGGUGUUAGCCUACAUUUCUCCAGAGAGCAGAUAAAUGCAGGUUCAGAAUAAACGAGAACAGAAUGAUCUGUGACUUAUUUUCUUUAGAUGUGCAGUAAAGUACUGAGCCUGCUCUGAGCCUGAGCAGGCUCCUGUCAGAUUUACCACCAGGCCUCAUGUUGAGGUUACACCCAGGGAAUGCAAGCGCAUUUGUCUUUGAGAAACUCCACACGAUGAUGAGUCUACAGGCUCAGCCUGGACUGCACCGAACACUUAGCUGAAGUGCGGCAGCCCUCAGUUUUCUCACAUUCAGUCUCAGCUACAGGUGGGCCCGAUGUGAAGUUUGUCAUGGCCUUUGGUUCACAUCGGGCCCUUAUUCCGCUCAUGUCCAGCCUGGCUCGUGGCUUUUUGCCCACAGCUUGGCCGCACAGCCACUGCCAGAGCGGUAACUGAGUCCUAGAAGCAGCCCGGAUUUGGGCCAAAUGUGUCUGCUGUCAGAGAGCUGCUGCACUACAUCAGAUCCAUCACGGCAGAGGACACAGAUGAGCACAACAAGUGAGCCAAACCACUGGUCUUUAAAUGUAUACUCAAUCUGUAGCCAGUACAGUGUUCUGAUCCCCCUCACUGCCAUCUGUCUCCUUUCCUCAAGUAGGACCAUAGCUGAGCUUAAAGAAAACUGUGUUCACGAGCAUUGUCUGCGGACCUACUGCAGUGUUUCAGGGUGGACUUUUCAACUGUCUUCUUACCGUGUUAUGAUUUUUUUUCCUGAAUGUGACACAGUUCAGAUGAGGUGUAUGGGUUUGUCUAAAUUAUUGGACUUUUUACAGUUUGGUGGGGAACCUCACCAGGGUUCAAUGCAAGGGUGGCGCGGUGGCAGUCCAGAGUAGCUUGCAGCAGAGGAGAGAAAGCAGUUUACUUCAGGGGUUUUCUUUUCCAUCCAGUACAGUGUCCUCAUCUGUGAUAUCCAUGCAUUUCCAGAGCUGUGAUGUGUGACUCGAGUUGGAAAAAGGGUUUGUUUAGGGUGCUCUGUGAUUCUUUUUCUUUGGAGCCUUUACCAGUCAGGGGCAGAUGUUAUCGUCUUAGAGAGAAAAUGUGUCACCUCUCCAGGUGUCUUUUAUUUUUGUAAACCAAAAUGGUUUUUAUUGAAAUUUCUGUUGUUGCACCUUUUUAUCCCGAUGUGUUACUUAAUAGAUGUUAAAUGUGCCAAAUAACUGUUGCUGAUCGAGUGGAAGCCUCCUUUUCUCAACUUUUCACACCUCUCACUACCAGGUCUGGUACAGUCUCACACACACACACACACACACACACACUCUCACAAACACAACAUUGAUGUGGGAGUUUUGGUGGAAUCUCUGAAGGGUACAAAACUGUGACCAAACAUUUUUCCGUAGGUGUGUGCGCGCGUACUGGCUUGCACACCACGAUGCCAUUGAGACUCACACCAUCUAGCUCUCCGUACUCGUUCCUGAACGUUUCCCUGACACUGUGUGUGUGUGUGUGUGUGUGUGUGUGUGUGUGUGUGUGUGUGUGUGUGUGUGUGUGUGUGUGUGUGUGUGUGUGUGUGUGUGUGUGUGUGUGUGUGUGUGUGUGUGUGUGUGUGUGUGUGUGUGUGUGUGUGUGUGUGUGUGUGAGCGGACGUGAGCCUUGGUGUUGCUUUGUAUGUUCAGCAGUGGACUUUUUAUUUGGAUGCCUCACACAAAUUUUCUGCUCAGACACGCUCAGCAUAAGGCAAUUUAAAAAGGAUGGCGUAUAGGAAAAACGAAAAAAUCAAAGUAUAUAUAAAUAUAUAUGUGUAUAUGAAAUGACAAAAUGCUCUAGGUCUAUUUAAAAGAUUUAAUGUAGAAAACAAAAUGGAAUUGUUGAAGGGAGGUCGGGGUUUGAUGUGAGUAUAACUGUUCGUGGUGAAGACUUCAACUCGAAUCUUGCACAUAAAGACUUAUUAGAGAUAUUGUACCUGCGAGUUUCAGAUGAUGAUCUUUGUUUCAAUGCCGGACUCUUUGCUCUUUGAUAUUUAUUGCGUGUUUGGUGAGCUCUCUCGCGCUGUCUCUCCUCCACGCCGACGAGCUCUCGGCCGAGUGCUCACUGUAGAAUCCUCAAGUGUCCGCCCGUCAGAAACUCUCCUCUUUGUUUGUUUUGUUUUCCAGAUGCCACAGACAAACACAAAUACUACUGGCUUUGGGCUAUUGAAAUUAAGGUCAUAAUACUGAUAUAUAAUUGAUAAUAUUCAUUGAUUAUUAUAAAAUUUAUUUUAUUUCAAUGAUUAUUUUGUUUUUGAGACAGGUAGGAAGUUUAGGACUGCUUGUAAAAACAGUUCAUGAAUAAAAAUUCUUUUUCUGUGUUGCCUCCUG